AUGGCGACAAAGAGGAACUUUAAGCUAACGGAGAAGAUCCUGAAGGAAGCGUAUGCGCAGCAAAAGGAAGUCAAGGAUGAAGAAAACGCUCCCAUGAGCUCCUUCUCCUUCAAGCAACCAUUGUAUGAGUUGGAAGAUGUUAUUGAUGAUGAUGUUGAUGUUGAUGAGAUCCAGAGCCAACUUGAUUACCACGAGGAUAUGGAGAAAGAAGAGAAGUUAUUACUAGAUGCCUUCUUUAACAAAGAUGGGGAUUCAAUAGCAAAACGUCUCUCUGAUGCUAUUACUUCUUCACUUGAAGCUAAACAGCAUAUUGCUGCUACAGGCUCAGCUUGUGUUUCAGAAACUGACUACUAUCAAAAGCUGGGAGAUUUUAUGAGUCUAUACACACACGGCAAAAUGCCGAAAGCUCUUAACCAUCUUACUAGACUGGAAAAUUGGGAAAGUUUAUUGAAGUUGACUCAACCAGAGAGUUGGUCUCCAAAUGCAAUGUACAAGGCUACAAACAUGUUUGCCUCCAGCACCGAAGCUGAACGCUUCUAUGAACUUUUUCUUCUUCCUAGAGUCAGAGAGGAUAUCAGAAUCCACAAAAAGCUACAUUUUUGUCUCUACCAAUCUUUGAAAAGGUCACUCUUCAAGCCCAAAGGAUUAUACUGUGGGAUUCUACUUCCACUCUGUAAGUCUGGAACAUGCACCAUCCCCGAAGCUGUAAUUAUAGGGAGUAUAAUACACAAGUUUUCUAUUCCUAAAAAUUUUUCAAGUGCCGCCUUGGUAUGUUUGGCGGAGAUGGAGUUUCUUGGCACAAGAAGUUACUUCAUGAAAGCUAUCCUGGAGAAGAAAUAUGCGCUGGCUCAUCUGGCCAUUGAUGCGGUCGCUGCUCACUUCUUGAGAUUUCGUAAGCAGACUAAAGUUAUGCCGGUCAUUUGGCACCAAACUCUUCUCGCCUUUGUACAACGGUACAAGCAUGAACUAAGAAAGGAGGAUAAAAAGAGUCUCACAAGUCUACUUGAGAAGCAAAAUCACGAGCUAAUUACUCCUGAAAUUGUGAGAGAGCUUAUUAGUAGCAGAAACCGUGGAGAGAUGGAGGAUAAUUGAUGUAUAGAGGAUAUUUAGAAUAAUUAUCUUAUUUAUUUAAUGUUUUAUUUAGAGUUUAUUUAUUAUUAAUAUAAUUAUCUCUAGUGUUUAG